AUGGCGCAAGAACAGAGAGAAGAUCCUCCUGUUGAAGAGUUGGCCAGCCUUAACCUCAGUGAUCCAACUGGAGGUUCAACAGAUGAAGAAGAAGGGAACUCAACCGAGUAUAUGACAGGCCGAAAAAGGUUGGAGAGGCGACUGAUGAUUCAGGCUGGUCAAAGAGCUGCGCAAAGGAAUUCUAGAGCAGAGGACGUGCCAAAAGCCCCUCUCGAAGAUGGUGUGCCAGAAUCACUAUCAGCUCCGGAUGAAAACAGCAUACUGUAUUUCCAAGGGCUGAAAAGUAAAACUUUGCCAAAAGAUCCCCGAGUGGAUGACUACACCUACUCAAAAGCCGAACAACUAUUGUCAACUCUAUGUGAGAAGCUACCUGAAUCUGCUCAGACCAGUGACUUACUCUUUGAGCACUUCAAGCAUUACUACCAGAAGUCGACGAACACCCGCAUGUAUGCGAAAGAGUUUUUUGAGGCACUAGAUUUCCGUGAGCAAGAGGAGGAGCAAAAUAGGCUUCUCAACGUGCAGAUAUACAAAGAGCAGAAGUCAGAGAUAAAGGGCUUUCAAAAAAAGAUAUCGGAACUGGAAGAGAAGUACAAGGAUGAUCGCGCGAAGCUUUUAGGAGAGAUCAACGAGCGCAAGGACGAAAAGAACUCGAAUAAGGAAAAUCAUGACAACGAAAUCGCGGACCGGGACCAAAUGAUUGAGAGCCUCCGGCAGGAACUUAAGGAGUCUAAGACAAUGGUACAGCACUACAAGAAGUCGCCUAACGAACAGCAAGACACUAUGCAAAAGAAUUUUAAAAGGAUGGAAGGAUUAGCAAAAAAAUACAAGCAGGAUUAUACAACUGCGAAAAGCGACGGGGAGUAUCUGGAAGAGCAAAACAAAUUGCUAAAACAACAACUCGAGGAGAUACCACGAAAAGAAGAUGAACUUCGAAAAGAACCCGAAGAGUUAAAAGAGAGAUAUUAUCAACUUGAUAAGCUUCAUCCUAGCUCAGACAGGGAGACUAAGGUAGAGCAACUUGCUGCAGAAAAAGCCAAGGUCGAGCAUGCGAAGAAGAUAGCAGACCUGGAAACCAUGGUGGAAGAUCUUGAGGAGUCCAAAAGGCGAGAUCAAAUAGCGGCAGCGAAGGAUCAGAAAGAUAUCAAUGAUCUGAAGCGAAAAAACGCUGAACUAGAAGAAGAGAACAAAAGACUUCGAGCCUUGUUUGGGAACGAGGAAAAUAGGUCGUCAACUGGAGAAAAGGUGGCCGAGGAGGCACUCGAGACUAGGGAGACGGAAGAGACCUCGAGAUAA